GAAAUGCAAGGGGUGUACUCACUUUUGUGAUACACUGCAUCUUUGAUCAGUCAAAACAUUUGUAUUGAAUGUCACAUGAUUUAAUAAUUGUGUCAUCCGACUACUGUUUUACACACCCCCGUUUUACGGUAUUUCCAUGUUGUAAAUCUCCUAAAAUAUCCCAAAGAGCGUGCUGUUGUUGACCUUUGUCAGCAUUCCGGCCCCACACCCUGCUUAAAAAGCUACUUGAUUUCCACCUCCGAACAAUAGCCUGUCCUGUCCUGUCCCUCCUCCAGGGGAGGAAAAGCUGCCACCGCUACAAAGUUUUCAAGACCGAUAUCAGAGAGAACAAUGGUCAAGGAUAAGGCAGACAUCCAUACGUGAGGGAUCCCAUCGCGAUUACUGUUAAUAAUUACAGUCGGGAGGGGGAUAGCCUCCGUGGUGUAAUUUAUGGAUGGCCAAAGAGCCGACCGCCGCAGUUGCGCUCCAAAUUCUGGGGGAGGAGGAAAAGCCGGUGGAAAGUUUGCAUUUGUAGAACGUAGGCAGGUAUGUGAAAACACAAGGUGAUUCAGCGUUAGUCAAACCACCAUUGGAGGACAGUUUAGGCACCAGCGUUUUUUUUUUUUUUUUAUAUCUUUUUUUGGGGGGGGUCAUUUCUCCAGGAAAAACAGAAAAUAAAGCAAAAAGGACCUCUUUUAUUUCACCUGAAUUUUAAAGGAAGCAGCCCUCUCUGCUUUUAGUCCCUUUUCAUUAAGUCUGACACCACCCAGACCUGAUCUGGACCUUUGUUGCGAGCACAUUUCAAAGGCGGUCUGGCCCUUCUUAAAUCUCUGCAGCGGCAGGUCCUCGGAAGUACCGGCAGUGUUCGUGAUGCAAGCAGGGGCCAAGCGCUACGUGGUGGCGCGCGCUCUCUACUCUGAGGAGUCUUUCUCCGACGAGCACAAGAAGGUUUACAGGCACCGCAAGACCACCUUGGAUCACGUCAGGCAGUAUUUCACGUGUGAUGCCAAACGUGCCAAAAAUGCUAUUUUAUCCCUCCUGCCAAUCAUUGGCUGGUUUAAAAUCUACCGAGUCAAAGAGUGGUUGCUGAGCGAUAUUGUGUCAGGCGUCAGUACUGGACUUGUCGCAGUCCUGCAAGGGUUGGCAUACUGUCUCCUGGCUUCUCUUCCACCCUGGUAUGGCCUCUUCUCUGCUUUCUUCCCCGUUGUCAUCUACUUUUUCUUGGGAACCUCGAGACACAUCUCAGUGGGUCCAUUCCCAGUUUUGUGUCUGAUGAUCGGUUCGGUGGUCACCAGGCUCGUCCCGGAUGAAGGCCCGGCCGCGAACGUCACGGGUUUUGAAGGACUCACCAAGGAUGAGCAGCGAGUUUUGGUGGCGUCGUCAGUGACAUUCCUUGUGGGAAUCAUGCAGCUGGCGAUGGGCAUCCUUCAGGUGGGCUUCGUGGUCAUGUACCUGUCAGACACGCUGGUGUCCGGCUUCACCACUGCAGCCGCCAUUCACAUUUUGGUGUCCCAGUUGAAAUUUGUGCUGGGCCUGCAAGUCCCGGGAAUAAGCGGGCCACUUUCCAUUAUAUACACUCUAGAGGCCAUCUUUAACAAGAUCCAUUCCACCAACGUUUGCGACGUGGUCAUCUCCUUGGUCAUUAUGGUGGUGGUGUUUGUUGUCAAGGAGGUCAAUGACCGAUUUAAAGCCAAGUUGCCUGUUCCCAUCCCUAUAGAGGUUAUCAUGACUGUCAUUGCAUGCGGCGUUUCUUACGCCUUCGACUUCAGGACAAAAUAUGGCAUUGGUGUUGUCGGUCAUAUUCCAAAGGGGUAUGAGCCUCCCAUUGCACCGAAUCUACACAUCUUUCGAGACACAGCCAUGGAAGCAUUUCCAAUGGCCAUCGUGGGUUUUGCUGUGGCCUUCUCGGUGGCCAAAGUCUAUUCAGUCAAACAUGACUACACCAUAGAUGGAAAUCAGGAGCUGAUCGCUUUUGGCGCCAGCAACAUUGUGGGCGCGUCUUUUAAGUCAUUCGCCGCCAGUACGGCUCUGUCCAGAAGUGCAGUGCAGGAAAGUACUGGAGGCAAAACUCAGAUUGCCGGUUUGCUCUCAGCAGUCAUCGUGAUGAUCGUCACCCUAGCCAUCGGGUUCCUCCUGGAUCCCCUUCCGAAGUCCGUACUGGGCGCCGUGGUCAUUGUCAACCUGAAAGGAAUGCUCAUGCAGUUCCGAGAAGUGCCUUACCUGUGGAGGCGGGACAAGCCAGACUGUGCGGUGUGGUUAGGCACCUGCGUUGCCGCUAUUUUACUAGGUUUGGAUCUGGGUCUGGCGGCGGGUCUGGGCGUGGAGCUGCUCAGUGUGGUCCUCAGAGCGCAGUUCCCUCGUUGCAGCGUGCUGGCCAACAUUCACGGCACCGACAUCUAUAAGGACAGGAAGGACUAUGUUGACAUAUACGAGCCAGAAGGGGUGAAGAUCUUCCGUAUCCCUUCGCCAAUCUUCUUUGCUAACAUAGAGUUCUUUAGGAGCAAGCUCAUAGAAGCUGUCGGGUUUAAUCCCUUGAGGAUCCUCAGGAAGCGAAAUAAAGCACUACGAUUGCUCCGGAAACUUCUAAAGAAAGGUUAUCUCCAAUGGACAUCGAACGGCUUCCUGAACACCUCGUGCGGCCCCUUCAAGGAGUCUGUGGAGCUUGAAAGCAACGCAGAGGAGCUAGACAUGCCCACCGACUUCAAGGAUUUGCCCGCACGUGUGGACUGGAACGCUGAGCUGCCCGCCAACAUUGCCGUCCCACGAGUGGACCUUCACAGUUUGGUGCUGGACUUUGCUGCCGUCUCCUUUCUGGACGUCUCUGCUCUCAAGGGUCUCAAAGUGGCUCUUAAAGAGUUCAUCCGCAUUGAAGUGGACGUCUACAUUGUCGCCUGUGAUCCAUACAUCUUGGAAAAAUUGCACCAGUGCAGCUUCUUUGAUGACGAGGUCAAACCGUCCAUCUUCUUCCUGACGCUGCAUGACGCCGUACUGCACAUCUUGGACAAACACCCUGAGAGCUUACAAAAAAAGUCAAGCUAUGACAAGAUUCUGACUACAGUCACGGUGCACCAUCCUGCAGGAGGUCUAAGGAGCAGAGAUAGAAAUGCACCCGAUCCAGAAACGAAGUUGUAACAUCCAAGUGUUGGCUUAUGAAACAAAAUCUCCAAGACCAAAGGAUAGUUUUUCUUUUUGUUAUCAUUAUCCUUAUUUUUAGCUCAGAUCCCGAGAGCACAGUGCACUUAAAACUUUAUGUAACACAUUUGACGUGACAAUCUGUUUUGUAUGUUGGCCUUUUAAUGAACAUGCAAAGAAAAAAUUGGAUGUUUUCCUAUUGUACAUAGCAAAUUUAUGCAGAUGAUGCGCUGGAUUUUUAUAUGCUUUAUAGUUCUAUAUUUUCUGGAUGAUAAUAAAUUAAAGUU